ACUCGGAGUAACUUGACUUCGCGAUGUUUAUAGCAUGCUAUCUGUUCUUUCUGGUCUACUAACAUGUUCACAUUAACUUCCUCAAGGCACACCUCAUGUUGCUGCACUAGGUCACGUACAGUCUUGCUCGCGGCCAGUCGGCCCGGCAUCGACCCAUGCGUUUAAAUAUCGCAAUCCUACUAUACUAAUCUGGGCUUUACGGUCUCUCCACAUUUCCGUCACGAACGAUGCCGGAGUUCACUCUUGAACAAGUCGCCCAGCAUAAGACUACCAGCUCCUGCUGGGUCAUCAUCCAAAACAAAGUUUACGAUGUGACUGACUUCCUCUUCGAUCAUCCCGGAGGGGGGAAUGUCAUCCUCAGAUACGCAGGACAGGAUGCUACUGCUGCAUAUGUACCUAUCCACCCAUCAGACGCUUUGGACAAGAACAUUCCUCCGGAAAAGCACCUCGGUACUUUAGACAGCCAGUCAAUAAAUCGCCUAAAGGAAGUUGGGAAGAACAAGGUUCAAACUAGAGAUGAGUUACGUGUUCAAGAGGCGCUCAAGAACAAGCCACCACUUCAGAGAAUCGUCAAUGUCGAGGACAUGGAAGAGGUUGCGAAGAAAAUUUUGCCGUACAAGGCCAUGGCUUACUAUUCUUCAGCCGGGGACGACUCUAUCACGCACGUAGAGAACGGUCGCGCCUUUGGCCGCUUCUUUUUCCACCCUCGGGUUAUGAAACCUGUUUCCGGAAGCGAUACCUCAACGACCAUACUUGGUUAUAAAAGCACGAUACCCGUUUACAUCAGCGGUGCAGCAUUAGCCACAUUAGGCCACCCAUUAGGCGAGGCCAAUCUUACGCGCGGUGCCUAUAAGACUGGCAUUAUACAAAUGGUGUCCACCAACUCUUCUCUAUCUUACGCACAGAUUUCCGCUGCGCGUCUUUCCCCAGAUCAGCCUAUCUUCUUCCAAUUAUACAAACACGUCAACGAUGCAACCGCUGAGAAACGCAUCAGAGAAGUUGAAGGAUUAGGCUACAAAGCAAUUUUCUUGACAGUCGAUGCUCUGGUUCCUGGUAAUCGCGAGCUGGACAUCAGGGCACCGCAUUAUCUCGAGGACUUUGAGAAUCAAGGUCUGCCCACUCAGAGAAAGGCGGACGAGGACCAAGGUGAGACUGACCGACUUGGUACCGCUGGUGGACUCGUCAUAAAGAACGAUGCUGACAUGACGUGGGAAAAGACGAUACCAUGGAUACGAAGCAUCACGAAGUUACCCAUCGUUAUCAAAGGCAUCCAAUGUGUUCAGGAUGCUGUUCUGGCUUGUGACGCUGGUUGUGAAGGUAUUGUGCUAUCGAACCACGGAGGCCGUCAAUUAGAGUACUCUCUGCCACCAAUCGAGUUGUUGUACAAGAUACGACAACAACGCCCUGACGUGUUUGAGAGGACUGAAGUGUACAUCGACGGAGCAAUCCGCCGUGGAACUGAUGUCGUUAAAGCACUGUGUAUGGGUGCAAGAGCUGUCGGUUUGGGACGUGCGUUCCUUUACGCCCAAAGUGCAUACGGUGAGGCUGGUGUGGUUCAUAUGGUGCGUAUCCUUGAACGCGAAAUCCGCUUUGGGAUGCAGUCGCUCGGCGUCCGAAAUGUCAGGGAACUUGUACCGCAGAUGGUCGAGCGUGUCGACUGGCAGGCAGUUUCCCGUGCGAAGCUGUAGAUGACUGCAGUGCUCCUACAACAUCCUGUCGUGUGAUAUAUCUAUUGUGUUAGUACUUAUACCUUGUAUAAAUAUGGAGUCCCUGUCAUCUGGA